GGCCUGAACCAGGGGUUAUUUUGUUUUCCCGGUUGAACCAGGCGCUUAACGUCGGCGUAGGGAAGGUUUUGACUAGACGAAGGGUUUCUUAAUGUCUGUAAAAGCUCAUCAAAUUGACUUGAACUCCGACGCAUCUUUGGUUGGACGAGAAAAUGAGGCUAAUGAGGUUAAUGUAGCGGAAACUGUCCCUGUGGUUGGCGCUUCUGUGGAUGAAACCCUAACGGGGUCUGUUGAUGGUCAGUUUGAGGUUCAGGAGGAAAUGGUUGGAAAAGGAAGGGAUUUUGAACGAGCUAAUGAGUCAGUUGACGGUGUUGAUGGGAAGAGUGAUCUAGUUGUUGAUGUGUUGGGAAAAAGAAGAGUUAUGGAGUGUGUGCGUUCAGGUAUUGAUUUGUUAGCUGAGGCUGGAUCUAUGAGUGAAGGAGCUGGUGAUAAGGUUGAUGGACCUAGUGGUGGUGGGGAUUCGUUGAUGAGGGAUAAUGGAGCAGGAAGGAGUGAACGUGGACGUGUAGAACAAGACCUUGACAUUAAUGUUUGUCCUGUUGUUAGGUCAAAUUCAAUUGCUGAGGACAACAUCCAUGUAGGAACUGCUCGUGAUUUGGGUUCUCUUCCUGGGGAUUUUGAGCCUAAUUCUUUGGUAUUAGGUCCAAGAGACUCUGGAACUAGCACGUGUGUCUCAAAGGAGGGAUCUUUUGGUGAACCAGAAAAUCAUGCCAUGGAAAUUGAUAACCAGCCUCAGAUCAAUAAAAAUCAGAAAUGGGACAUUCAAUCAACAGAAGAUGUUUGUCAGAAUGAUGGAAACAUGGCCAAUCCUCUCGAUCUUGAAGUAGAUUUGAAUCCUUGUACAAACCCACAUGAUGAUACGUCAGGUGAUACAAAAAGUUCAGAAUCCAGUGACUCAGAACCGGACUUUUGUGUCUCCGAUUUAGUGUGGGGUAAAGUCCGGAGCCAUCCUUGGUGGCCUGGGCAGAUAUUUGAAACUUCAGCAGCCUCAGCAAAGGCAAAAAAGUAUUUUAAGAAAGAUUGUUACUUGAUUGCAUAUUUUGGUGAUCAUACAUUUUCUUGGAAUGAAGCAUCACGGAUCAAACCCUUUUGGUCACAUUUCUCUAAUAUGGAGAAGCAGAGCAAUUUGGGAGAUUUUCUCUAUGCCAUCCAUUGCGCUCUAGAGGAGGUCUCUAGACGAAUAGAAUAUGGACUGGCCUGUCCUUGCAUCACAAAGGAAGCAUACGCCAGUGUCAAAACUCAGAUAAUUGUUAAUGCUGGAAUCCAGGGAGAAUCAAGUAGAAUAGAUGGAGUGCAGGACAGAUUUUCAAAUGCAACUUUGUUUCAACCUUCUCAAUUCAUUAAAUAUAUAAAAGGUUUAGCCCAGUCGCCAUAUUAUAGUGGGAUAGGUAAACUGCAAUUUGUAACCUCACAAGCACAGUUGCUGGCUUUCGACCGUUGGAAGGGUUACUCUCAGUUGCCUGAAUUCAAAAUUCUUGGUGGAUUGCUGGAGAGUGAUGCAGAAAUCAUGCACUCUGUGGAAGUAAAGCAAUUUAGCAGAGAGACUGAAAAUGCUUUUCCCAGUUCCAAAAUUGAUCAAGUGUCCUCUGGAGAUAGGAGGCCUGAGAGUGAAGAUGGUUCCGCUCAUAAGCGAAAGUACAGUGGAGAAAGUAUGCCUUCCAAGAAGGAGAAAAGCUUGUCAGAUUUUAUAGCCGAGAGGCGCUUGAAUAUUAGAAAGGGUAAAAAAGGAUUAGGUGAUAAAUCUGGUCUUAAGUCAAUCUAUAUAUCCCCUGGUGGAAAAUGUGAAUCUGCUGAUUCCAUGUCUGAUGACUCCGUGCCUGUGGCGAAACAUUUGAAAGGUAAUUUGCCUGAUGACUCGACUCCUAUGGUGAAACAUAUGAAAGGUAAUUGGCCUGAUGACUCAGCUAACAAGUUGUCACACUCUAAGCAAACUGUCACAAUUGGAGCUAGCAUACUGAGGGUUGCUAGCCAACUAAAUGGUUCAAGUCCAUUAUUCAAGAAUGAGGAUGGGUUGUCACAGAAAUCUUCAGCGAAGAAUAAGGACACAAAAAAACCUCUCCCUGGGAAAAAGGCUCAAGGAAAAACGUUUUCUCAAACACAGAAUUCUACCCCUGAUGAGAUGCUGUCACAACUUUUCUUGGCUGCCACCAAUCCCCUGAAAGAGUACAACUUCUUGACUUCGAUAGUUAGUUUCUUUGCAGAGCACAGGAAUUCCAUCUUUCUGGAAAGUAACAGUUCUGAAAAGCAUGAACAGUCUGUGACAGUAGACUCUUCUUGGGCUGACAAGAUACUUCAAUGCCUUCCUGAAGAAAUCUUGAAGGCCGAUUGUCAUAAUCAAGCUGCUGAUGUUUUGCCUGAAACUCCUAAUGAAGAUGGUGUUUCAACUGUUGAACUACAAUCAUCUGUUCAACCAAGUGCCAACUUGGACUCUGAACCAACAUCCACAGUUGCAAAUCCUGAAAUGGAAACAGAGAAGCCUGUAAAACCCUUGAGUGAGAGUUCUAAUGAAGACUCUUCACCAACAGCUCUGAUUCUGAAAUUUACAGACUUGGAUUCUGUUCCUAUAGUGGAAAACCUGAAUAAGAUAUUCAGUCGUUAUGGACCUUUAAAUGAAUCAGAUACACAAGUGCUGAAGAAGAGCAACCGGGCCAAAGUAGUAUUCAAAAGACCUGCAGAUGCAGAAACAGCUUUCAGCAGUGCUGGUAAAUAUAGUAUUUUUGGACCAUCACUUGUCAGUUACCGGCUCAAAUAUCUGCCUUCAACAUUGCAUAAAGUUUCUUCAGGCACAACAAAACGCAGUAGAAAAAAGGCAAAAUCUGGAGCUGGAAGUUCAACUUGAUAUCAAUGAUUCUGUGACUGCUGAUCUUAGCCAUCCGUAUGCUUUUCUUUUUGAGGUUAUACAGUGAUCAAGGGUAGUUGUUAGCUUUUUAACUGACUAGUGUGAAUGAAAAUAGUAGGACCAAACAGUUGAGUAGCUACUAAUUAGGAAAUUCAUGGUAAGCAGAGGUUCUAAUCAACAUUGAGAUCAUGUUUAGUAAUUCAGUUUUCUGAUUAAUUAGGCACAUUACUGCUUUCUUUAGGAUUUUUGGUUUUAUCGGUUAUUUAUAACUGCAUUUUAUGAUAUAGAU